GCCUGUCCGCGGUGAGGGAGCCGGGCAGGGCAGCGCCCGCCGAGGGGCGGGCCACCCCGGGGCGAUAAUGACCAGCCUGGCCGCCCGGGACUCCUACCUGCAGGGCUUGGCGAGGAAGGUCUGCGUGCAGCGCGCCCCGGAGUCGCGGAAGAGCAAAUUCGUGUCUAAGCCAGGCCAGCCUGAGGAUGCUGGCAGACAGCUCAAGAAAAAGAAAAGAAAGAAGCCCAGGAAGCAAGCUGAGAAGACGAACGCUCCUUCAGUCAAACAGGUCGUCUCUAAUACCAAUAAACCUACUCCAGGACAGAAAGCAGCCCCUCAAGCCAGCAAAUCAUCUCCACAGGGUGUUACACAGAGCAGAAAUGAGAGUUUGGUUACAGGGAGCAAAAGUGAACUGGGUUCCCCUUCUUUUUCUGCAAUGAAUCUCUUGCGUCAGAGACUACAUGAGAAGAUUAAAAAAGCUUCUGGACAAGAUGAUGGGAAAGAAUUACCCCCUGCAGUCCUGGAGAAGAGGCAGCGAAGGAAGUAUGAGAGAGAGAGAAAGAAGCGCCGAAGAAAGGAGUUGAAGAUGAAGGCAAAAAUGGAGAAGAAAGAAACUGAGGAGGUACCAGUAGAGCCAGAAAGCAAAAAGGAGGAGAGCACAGCUGAGAUUGUCUUCAACAGGGUCGAAGUCCACGAAGGGAAUGAGUUGAGCAAGAUCCAGAAGAAGAAAGAGAAGAGGAAGGCAGUGAAAGGCAAUAUCACUCCUCUGACGGGCAAAAACUACAAGCAGCUGCUGAGCAGGCUUGAGACCAGGAAGAAUAAGCUGGAGGAACUCAAGGAUAAGGACCAGAAGAAAGCUCAGGAGCUAGAGAACAAGAUGAAAUGGACAAAUGUUCUCUAUAAGGCGGAAGGCGUGAAGAUUCGUGACAACGAGGAGCGUCUGAAAGAAGCUCUGAAGCGUAAGGAGAAGCGUAAAGCGCAACGCCAGAGGCAGUGGGAGAAGCGGACAGAAAAAGUGGUGGAAAAGAUGCAACAGCGGCAGGAAAAGCGUCGCAAGAACAUUCAGAAGAAGAAGAAGGAUAGGAUAGAGAAGAAGAAAGCCAGGGCCCGGAAGAAAGGCCGGGUUCUGCCAGAGGACUUGAAAAAAGCUGGCUUCAAGUGAGAGCGAGGCAGCUGGUCCUCGCAGCCUGGGGAUGGAGGUUCUGCUUGCGGGGGUCAGUGAGCAACGGUUGCGGAGCGAACUGUCCGAUGGCCUGACCCGGCUGUGCGACCGCUGUCCAGCGCCUGAGGAAACCGGCCUGUGGGGCAGGCACUGCCAUGGCUUCCCAACUUAAUAAUAAACAAAAAGCCUGUUGUAUGUUUGUUAAUUAAAUUUCCCAUCCCA